CUAACUCCAGCUACGGCACAGUGAAUGACGAAUGAACCACAUCAAAUCCGGACCACAGCAUACCUACGGCUUAACGACUCUGAUCGAUAUUCGUACCUCUUCAUUUGGUGAAUAAACAAACACGGGAUUACUGUAGUGUGACGAGCCACUGACCUAAUUUCACCAAGCCCAAGGUCUAAUUCUAUGCGGUACUUAGCAGAAGGCAGACGGAAUUGUUAGGAAUGGUUGUACCAUUGACAACCACGUCUAAGACCACAACGGUUGUUGAUGUGUAGCCUGCAGACAACACAUUGCUACAUGCGUGUUACUCUCAUUGUGUGCUGUUGAUGUCAACACUAUAAAUCAUCUGACAGGUAUGUGAUUUUUUUUUUAAAAGGAAGGAAAUAUAAAUUUAGUUAUGAUUAUACUAAAAUUUAUUUAGAUUAAAUUUGUAAAACUUAUACAAAGAUGAAAAUAUUGAAAUUCAGCUUCAUCACCCGAGAAAUUUAUAAUUUAAUACUAUACUAUACUAUGGCCUAACCGGGGGCAAUAUAUUUUACACCUGGUAUGGGUAUCUUGAGAAAAUAUCAAGUGGGUCCAAGAGCUACCAAAAAAAAAAAAAAAAGUUAACUUCUCAUUUUCUCUAAUAUGCAACGAAAUCUGCUGUCCUAUGUCGUAGUGGGUUAUUUCUUGACACAAACGGUUGACAGAGGCAAUGCACUCUCACUACGACAUAGGGCAAGAGAUUCGUUGCAUAAAUAGAAAAAGAAAAGUACACUUUUUUUUUUGUAACUCUUGGACCCACUGGCUUAACAAUUUUUUUUUUUGUGCUUUUUUUUUUACACGGUGUCCGAGUUAUUUUGAGUAAAAAUGUCUUUCUUAAUUAAGAAAAUAAAAUGAACCUAUUUAGCCUAUUUACCGAACUUGAGACUCUACGCAUGAAGCUCGCUGUGUGAUAGAGAACACGAACAAUAACAAUACCGGAAUAGUCCCCUCUCCCUAAAAGAAAAAAAAUAAUAACUUUUUUUAUCUGAGUUUAACCAUCAGGCAUGACACUCGCUGAGUGACAACUUUUCCCCUCAGUACAUUAAUAUAAAACAUGUUAGGUGGGGGGGGGGGUCAGGCUGUGAAAACGAAGCAGGACACAUCAGAAGCAACAUAGAGAGAGAGAGAUAUAGAGAAAGAGAGAGAGAGAGAGAGAGAGAGAGAGAGAUAGUGUUAUAUAGGGUUUUCAACAACACGUCCCCCAGAAUGCUACGUUUUAAUGAUCUCAUGUUACUUUAGGUUUUCUAGAAAGAUGUACAAUGGCGCGUGUCUGAGUCUAGUUAGUGAUGAUAUUCUUCAUGAAAUAUGAGAUUUUCUGGGGAGUUACAUUGGCUACUUUUAAACAACUAAAAUUUCUCACCCCUUGCGGGAUAAUAAGGAGAUCUUACCGCCCCUUCAGAUGGAUUGUCACCCUUUCCUUAAACUGGUACUGGUAGAAUGGGAUAACGCUUCAUUUAUUUAAGAGUUUAUUUUAGAAUAAUAAACUUAACUAUACGUUUUCAGUGUAAUAGUUCUGUCACUGCCACUAGAAAUAGCGUGACAACUGCAACCAUUGGCUACGGAAUGAAUGUGACUAAGACAACCGUCCAAUCAACAGCCAAGGCUCUUAGCGGAUUAACACCGAUGACCAACACUGUCCACCGUGCUCCGUCCCUCAAAGACACACUGCAGAAUGCCCCGCCCAUCAACGACGCCCUUCAGCCGGACAUCUUCAGCCGUCUGGACGCCGAGGUCAUCGAGAGGACAAGAGUGGCCAACACUCAGCUGGACAUGAGGCUGCACUUGCAGGAAAACAUCAUUCGUAAACACAGGUGAGGGAAGCUCCAAACUAGGUGUACUAUAAUACAGGUGUGUCAUUGCUAUGUAUGAUACAAUUUAAUUGUUGAGUGAUUGCUGUGAUACUAAUUAAUUUGUGUGGUUGCUAUGAUAAAAUUUAAUUGUUGUAUGAUUGCUAUGAUACACUUUUAAUGUUGUGUGAGUGCUGUGAUACAAUACAUGUGAGUGAUUGCUAUGGUGCAAUUUAAUAGUUGUAUGAUUGCUAUGAUACAAUUUAAUUUUUGUGCUUGUUAUGAUACAAUUCAGGUGUGUGAUUGUUAAGAUACAAUUCAGGUGUGUGAUUGUUAUGAUACAAUUCAGGUGUGUGAUUGUUAUGAUACAAUUCAGGUGUGUGAUUGUUAUGAUACAAUUCAGGUGUGUGAUUGUUAUGUUACAAUUCAGGUGUGUGAUUGUUAUGAUACAAUUCAGGUGUGUGAUUGUUAUGAUAUAAUUCAGGUGUGUGAUUGUUAUGAUACAAUUUAAUUUUUGUGCUUGUUAUGAUACAAUUCAGGUGUGUGAUUGUUAUGAUACAAUUCAGGUGUGUGAUUGUUAUGAUACAUUUCAGGUGUGUGAUCGUUGUGAUAAAAUUCAGGUGUGUGAUUGGUAUGAUACAAUUGUUAUAACCAUGUUAGAUAUAACUUAAAAAAAGACUUGAACUAUUGUUUUGGGUUCGGUCAUUUCCUGUUGACAUACUUCUCGAAAUUUCAUUAUUUAUACAACCCCCUGUUCCAGACACGAGGCAGAAAGAUGUCUGCUGACAGAAAAGUCACGAGUGGUUGACGAUUUAAACAGAAUAACGAGCAGAAUGCCGGCAAUGGCCAGGAUUCAAGACUUUGAUGACAAAUUCUUUACAAGACGCUCCACUACAGACCCGUCUCACCUGGUCAGUUUUAGAUAUUCGAGUUAAGACAUUGUGUAUUUAAUCUUAUCAGUGGCGCAUCUAGCGAGGGUUAAAUGGCACAUACAGAUAUUUGAAAAGGGGGAAAGAUCAAUAGAUCACCCCCACACACACACAACCUGUUUCGUCACGGUACCAAUUACCUUUUUUUAAAAUCUAUUUAUUUUAUUGAUUGAAAAAAAGUUUUGUUUGAACUAUUUAAACUUGAUCAAAACGAAGCCAUUUUUUUUUUUUUUUUUUUUUUUUUUUUUUUUGUGGGGGCGUACCUAACAUCACAUUGACACAAAUUUAAAACAUUCACCCAUUGCCCCUUGGGGAGAUUUUCACUUUUGAAAUUUAGAAUCUUAUUAGAUAAUCUUUUCAUAGAUUACGUUACAUCUGUCAACAUUAUUCCCCUGUAAAUUCCGAGCCUCGAGAAAAUGGCCCGCAGGUGCAACUCCAACCCUUAUUACAGGGCCUGGUGCCAUUCAUAGAUGAGUUCUUAAUACCACUUCCUUUUUAUCGCCAGCGUCACAAGAAGAAUUACGAAUCUGAGAAGAAUGAAGGUCCUAUCUGUGAACGGUGUUACAUUCAUCACAUGCCUCUCAAGAAAAAAUUCUAUCGGAAAGUCACCCCCGACCCGAUACUCCCAGCUGAAGAUUCCAGCCCCCAUCAAAUACUGAGUGAGAGUCCGGCCAAAGACGUUUUCCCACACGGCUCAUUGCCGAUUACAGAAGACACACUUUUGCAGAACAACGAUGCACUCCGCUCGGCAGUUUCUGGCAGACGACAGUACAUUCCCGGCUCGGAGGAUGUGUACAGAUUUUUAGACCGAGACACGCUUGGGCGGGAAAAGGACCUGAACCAAAUACAGACACCGCGUCUGAUGCCCAAUGAGAUCUGGAAAGGAUUAGUGAAGAACGUCUGUGACCAGCUCGUUGGCAGAGAUCUCAAGCCGUGCGGCAAAAGGACGAGGGAGCUGAGCCGCGGGGACACCAGGGCGUCCCAGAGCGGUAAAGGCAAUAAGGAGCGCAGCCGUUCGUUUUUGACCUUAUCUCGGGCAUCAUCGAAACUCAGCAAAAGGUCAGAUACCGCGAGCAGCAUGCGUCAUGGCAAACUGAAGUCCGGCACCAGAUCACUCAGCAGGUCAGACACGUCCGCCGGUAAAGCAACCCUGAAAUCUGCUGGCCGAGGCACUGGCACAGAUGGUGACGUGGGGUAAAGACACUUUUUGGAAUUCAUCUAAAUGUCAUCAUCUUUGGAGAGUAUCUCAAUGAAUUUAGUAAAUCUUGUUUAUAUAACUUGGGGCAACAAAAUGUUGGAUUUAAAAUAAAAAUAAAAAUGAUUCUGAUGGG